AUGGCGACACUUCGGAACCGCAACCUAAAGCCUGGCGCGUAUGUUGCCACCCUGACAUUCUUCACACAGUCUUCGACCCUUGACCUCGAGACGCUGAAGUACCAUACAUUGCGUUUGAUUGAUUCUGGAGUUUCUGGAAUCGUCGCCUUGGGUUCCAACGGCGAAGCAGUACAUCUUGACCGCCAAGAGCGAAAGACGGUUGUCAAGUGCAUUGUCGAUACCCUGGCCGCUCAUGGGCAUGGUGACACGCCAGUCAUUGUUGGCGCCUCCGCUCAAUCCGUGCAUGAGACGAUUGGCCUUUGUCAGGAAGCAAAGGAAUCUGGCGGCUCUCAUGUGCUUGUCCUGCCGCCGUCAUAUUUCACGGCAGCCAUGACACCAGACACCAUUUACGACUUCUACAUGAAGGUAGCGGCAGCAUCGCCACUCCCAGUCAUCCUGUACAGCUUCCCGGAGGUAUCAUCAGGCAUCACCAUGAGCUCGGAUCUCCUGAUCCGCAUCUCCAAGGGUCAUCCCAACAUCGUGGGAACCAAGUUCACGUGCGGGGACACUGGCAAGCUUGCACGUGUUGCUCGUGCCAUGGAUGGCAUGACACCGUCGAAGCCAGAAAAGCCGUACUGGGUUGCCGCUGGGCUCGCCGACUUCACGCUGCAAGCACUGGCUGUCGGAGCAUCGGGGGUCGUUGCCGGAGGCGCAAACAUUCUACCCAAGAUGGUCGUCAAGGUAUACGAGCUGUACGCCGAGGGACGGUUCCAAGAAGCCACUCAGCUGCAGUCAUUGCUAUCUGAGGGUGACUGGCCUCACACGUCUGCCGGAAUUUCGGGCACCAAGGCUGUCCUUCAGGAGGCAUUCCAAUACGGGGGUCUGCCACGGUCACCUUUGGCUGCAGUAUCAGCGGUGGCAGCUCAAACGCUGAGGAAGGAUAUGCGAGAGGCGCUCGAAUAUGAGAACAGCAUCCGGUAG